AUGGGUUCUGCUAGUCUUGACGAAUCUUCACAGAAAGCGAUUGAGGGUGACUUGGUUGAGACUGGGGAAAAGCUUCUUGCAACUCCAUCAUCAACUAAUGAGCUACUUGUACUCCUCGAGAAAGCAGAAAGCCUUUUAGCUAAGGUUUGGCAACGGCCUCCUGUGUCUACAUGUUAUGCACUUCUUCCAGCAAUGAAGGCUCUUAUAACUGAUGAUAUAUUGCGCCACAAUGAUUUAAAAGUCCAAGUUGUGGUUGCAUCUUGUUUUAAUGAGCUAACCAGAAUCACUUGUCCAGAUCCCCCUUAUGGUGAUGAUGUCAUGAUGGGGAUUUUCCAGUUAUUCAUGAUUGCAUUUGGGCAAUUAUCAUGCAAGCCUGGUCAAAAUUAUUCCAGGGCUGUUCAGAUUGUCGAGACUAUGGCAAAAGUAAGAUCGUUCUUGAUGCUUCUGGACAUAGAUACUAAUGGGAAUUUUGUGGUCGAGAUGUUCCAUCUUUUUUUAAGUAAUAUAAGGUCCAAUCACCUUUCUGAUAUCUUCAAAUACAUGGAAAUGAUCAUGACCUCGGUCAUACAAGAAAGCGAUGAAAUUUCAUCUGAACUUCUAAGGCCCCUUUUGGCGAGUGUGAAAACGGAGAAUAAGAACUCUUCACCUAUUUCAUGGGAGUUGGGGAAGAAAGUCUUCGAAAAUUGCGCGACCAAGCUCCCGAGUUAUCUGAGGGAAGCUGUGAAGGAAAUGAAUCUGGAUCUUGCCGACUAUGCUGUGAUAGUCUCUUCUAUAUGUCAUUUUAUGAGCCAUGAUUCGUCCAAUGGGAAGAACAUGGUCUCAAGCAAAGCUUCACGGACUGUUGGUGACCAUGAGUCCCAGUUAGAUGGACUUUCUGAGGAUGAAGACAAAUUCUGUGAUGCUGAAGCCAAUGAUGACCAUGAAACUAAACCGAAUGAUGAAAAUUCAUUAGGAACCCCAAAGGACCGUCAGCUGCUUGCCCAAUCGGGGCCAGACUCAGGUUCUCUUCGGAGUAGAAGGGGAAGAAAACCUAAUACUGUGGUAAGACCUGAGGAGGGGGACAAACAUGUUUGGUCGAGAGGAGGCAAUUAUUCUGAUGAAUCAUUUGAUGAUUAUUAUGAUGGCAAAGAUGAUUCGGAUUUGGUGCCAGAAAAGGGAAAUGCAAGCAUAUUUAGCAAUUCAUCAAGGAAAAAAAAUAAUGAUUGUGUCCAUGAAGUGAGUCUCAGCGAAAGGGGUCAGUUGAAAAAGGAAAGAACGAUAAACCAACCCAAUAACUCGAAGUUGUCGUCAACUGUUAAAAAGAAGAGCCUGCAAACUAUUGAGAAAGAUAAUAAGACUAUUGGUGAAUCGAGUAACGUUAAGGCGAAGUUGGGAAAAAAAGUCCUCGGCAAUACCCGUGUUGGAGGGGAACAUGAGUUGUUACCUCAUGAGAAGAAAGAGAAGAAAAAAUUUUCCCAGAAAAAUGCUCAUAAAAAUGGAGGCAAGAAGUCUAGAAGACCCCAAGUUGCUGAUGGGGAGGAAUUAGUUAAUAGAAGGAUACAGGUCUGGUGGCCAAUGGAUGAAACGUUUUAUCCGGGGACUGUUACAGCUUUUGAUCCAGACACAAAGAAGCACACAAUUUUAUAUGAUGAUAAUGAAACUGAAAUCUUGAACCUGAGAAAAGAAACCUGGGGACUGUGUUCAGGCGAGCGGCCUGCACUACCCUCACAGAUGGAAGAAGCUGAUCUCCAGUCACCUGUUCAACAAUCAGUCAAGAUACUGAAAAAGGCCACAAAGCGGAGAGCAGUACUCUCAUCUAAACCACAACAUGCUGUCCCAAUGCCUAAAAGAUUAAAAGGUGGAAAUCCUAAUGCCAUUAAUCACAUUGAAAAUUCUGAAUCCAACAAUGCUCUUUUGAAUGAUGAAUCGGACAAUGAGGCAAGUUUUGGCCCAAAGGAUGGUGGAUAUGGUCAUCAAGGGUUGGAUCAUUUUCCGAGAACAUGA